CUGUAGUAUAUACAACCCAUGAGAUACCAUGACCAUGUUUAUAGCGAGAAAAUGCUACGCUUCUUUCCCGGCGAUGUUAACGUGGUUGCUGCUUGUUUUGCUGUCCUCGCAGUUUCAGCCAUGUCCAUGCUACACGUCGUUUGUCUUCGGUGAUUCCUUGGUGGACGCCGGCAACAACAACUACCUCUUCACUCUGGCCAAGGCCGACUCCCCUCCUUACGGCGUCGACUUCAAGCCUUCUGGUGGCCGGCCAACUGGGAGGUUCACUAAUGGCCGUACCAUACCGGAUAUUAUAGGGCAACAGCUUGGAGCGAAGUCAUUUCCUGAUCCCUAUUUGGCAUCAAGCGUUAACCAACUGGAAAACACCGUACGGAUUGGCAUAAACUAUGCUUCAGGGGCAUCAGGAAUUCUGGAUCAAACGGGAAUACUCUUUAUUGGGAGAGUUAGUAUGAGGGAGCAGGUGAAUGACUUCGAGCACAGCAAGAGUUACAUGGUGGAAAUGAUGGGGGAGAAUGGUACGAUGGAAUUCCUAAAGAAAGCCAUCUUCAUCGUAACUACGGGUUCCAAUGACAUCCUCAACUACGUACAAUCAUCUCCUCCAUUAGUGAUGGGUACUGAUGAUGUCUCCCCACUUACUCUCCAGGACAUGAUGAUCUCCAACCUCACUCUCCACCUCAAGCGACUGCACGAGCUUGGAGCAAGGAAGCUUGUAGUAGUGGGUGUCGGGCCGCUGGGUUGCAUUCCGUUUGUUCGAGCCGUGAAGUUAAUACCGCCCGGUCAAUGCUCGACGGAGGUGAAUGCCAUAGUCCAAGGCUACAACGGAAAACUAAUCCGCGCACUUAGAGGAUUGAAUCGAGAUAUGGGACCGGAUCGUUCCAUCUUUGUCUACGCGAAUUCCUACGACAUCUUCCUUAACAUCAUUUCGAAUCAUCGUAGUUACGGGUUUGAGGAGGCGAGCGAGCCGUGCUGUGGAGCACUGCCGCCGUUUCUGUGCUUCGGCGAUCCAACUAGGAACUCGUCAACGGGGUCGGUGUUUUGCGAUGACCGAUCAAAGUAUGUGUUUUGGGAUGCGUAUCACCCUACCGAAGCCGCCAACCUGAUCAUGGCGAGAGCUUUGCUUGAUGGGAAUCAAAGCAUGACUUCACCAAUCAACAUACGCCAGCUGUACCACUAGUUAUUAAUUAAGAAGCAUUUCAUGCCUUUUCCAUUGAGAGCCUAUCUGGAGGCAUGCAAUUUAUUAUUAGUAACACAUGAAGC